CCAGUCUCCCGCUAGCCUUCACAUCGGUAGGACGCGUUAUUCUCUUUCGGAUUGUUAACUAAAAUAUUUAUCUCGAAGAUUCUAACCAAGAAUGUCAAGUUCAUGUUAGUUUAAAGUGAAGUAUAUUGUACUGUAAGUGUAGUGAAUAAGUGUCAAAAUGGGUUGCAAUACCAGUUCUGAGGCUAAGGCGGAAGAGAAGAAUUCAGAAGAGAACAAGACUAACACACAUACGGAGGAGAAACAAAAAGAGACAGCGCAGGAGAGUAAGUCCGAAGAAGAAGCGGCGACGAAGAUACAAGCGGCUUUCCGAGGUCACAAGACCAGAAAGUCAAUCAGUAUGAAGGCUGCCAACAAGAAUGAUCCCGAGCCGGAGCCAACAAAGGCUGAAUUGGAAGCUGAGUUCCGAGCUGAUGAUAAAGAAUUAUGCAAUGCCGCUACGAAGAUUCAGGCUUCAUUCCGAGGUCAUCAAGCUCGCAAGCAGACUCAGGUCGAGAAAACCCAGGAGCAGCAGGACAAGGAGGAUAUAGAAAAGAUUGAUUUGGCAGACCCUGAACUCAAUAAAGCUGCGACCAAGAUCCAAGCCUCGUUCCGGGGACACAAGGUUCGCAAGGAUACAAACUAGAGUGUCCACGAGAUCUUCUCUUAGCAAGAAAACCCUUUGUAUUUAUGGCUUAGAAAAAGGACCCGUGCACUUAUCCGUAAAUAAUUUGAUAUUUUCUUCUAAAUCAUUGUAUAAUAAUAACAGAAAUGUUAGUAUAAACACUUUAACAACUUUGAAUACUUCGCAUUCACUGCCAGCCGUUUCGGUUCAUACAUACAAAAGGUUUUUCAUCAUUGAGGUAUCAGUAAUCGAGUAUUCUACGUCAAUUGUCUACGCAAAAUUAAAAUCAUAUCUAUAACCGAUUAUAUUAGGUGAUGUCAAGAUGUGCAUUAUAUAAUUCUUUGGAAUUACCUUAUAUAAAUUAUAUGUAUGUUAUGUAUUUGUUUUUUGCGUUUUUUUAAUACGAUAUUGAAUCUUGUAUAUUUAAUUAUUAUGUAAUUUUCGCUAAGAUGUUUUUUUGUCCUUUUAGUACUCAUUAAAAUCACCGCGUUACAUAACUUAUAAAUGUAAUUCUACCCUCAGUAGUUAAUUGACUUGUGAUCAGGUUACUGAAGCGUAGAGAAGACGAGAAUUGGAUGAUUAUGAAUUAAUUAUAUAUGUAGGUCAGUACUGUUUUUUCUAAUACAGAUUUUUUGGUCAUCCUCAUUAGUGCAUUUAUAAUAAUAAUCUUGCUUAGAGCAUUCCUAAUACCAAAGAUUUCUACCAAAAAUAAUUUUUAUUUGAUUGAAUAUUUUUCGCUUGACUUUUUUUAUUAAUAUUAUUUAAGUAUUUUUUUUGUUUUAUGUGAUAAGUUUAAUGAUAUAAAUUUAUUGUUAUUAUGUAUAAUUCAAUAAUCGCUUGUUAAAAACGUAGUCAUAAGGAAGGUAGAUUUAGAAUGCUUAUUUUGAACACGGUUGUAUACUAUUGAUUUGUUACAGUUACAAAAUAUAAAUUCAUUUUGCGUAUUUUUUUUUUGGGUACAUUGAAUUUCUUGUAUAUUGCCGGUUAAGUAAGUUAUUGAAUCAUUUAAAUAAAUAUAUUCGCCUACAUU